AUGGAAGACAUUGGCCAUCGCCAGCCGAAAACCUUCCCGUCAGCAAGAACUUACAUAAGCGUUCCAACUGAGGAACCACAAGGACAUUCUUCAAACAUCCGUGAUGACGCAGCGGGAGAAUAUGGCAGGGAGCCAAAAAAGGUCGAACUCUCAAACCGACCAUUGGGUAAUUUCAACGUCCUCAGUCUGUGGAAGUACGAGUUCUUGGCCAUAAUUGUAUCAGUUCUGGCCUUCAUCGCCAUGAUAAUCCUUUUGAAAGUGUCCGACGGAAAACCGCAGCCAAAAUUUGCGUAUUCCAUCAACCUCACCACGACUAUCGCUAUUUUUACUACUCUCUUGAGAGCUGCGAUGGUUUUCGUUGUUGCUGAAGUUAUCGGACAACGCAAGUGGCUUUGGAUGGAUCAGCCACGCCCUUUGCGACACAUCGAGCAUUUUGACAAUGCUGGAAGAGGUAUCUGGGGAUCAAUAAGACUUCUGUUUCUGACGCUCAAGCCGAAGCUUACUGUCUUGGCCUCGCUCAUUGUGAUCACUUCAUAUGCUGUCGGCCCGUUCGUCCAGCAAGCAGUUAAGACGUAUCCUUGUCCUAUAAACGGGAAGGGAAUUGCGAAGAUAUCAAUUGCCGAACGCGUCAUACGAUCAGACGCCUAUGUCGGGGCCCAAGUAGGCGGCGCUGGAGAUCGUGCCGUCAUCAAAAACCUCAGGGUCGCUCCGGAACUGCAGAUGACUGCCCUGAAUGGUCUGCUGGCCGACACUCCGACUGGCUCCGUGAACCUCUUUCAAUGCGACUCUGGGAACUGUACGUUUCCUCUCAGAGGGCAAGGAGCUACUCAUACUUCACUCGGUCUUUGUAGCACUUGCACCGAUGUGAGAUCCAAAUUGCUGGAAUCUCGACACAUCUCGAACUUCUCCCACGUGUUUGAGACAGACCGCGAUUACCGAUUCGACAACCGCUCCGAAUUUGGGAUCAGCACCUUUUUCAAGUCUGGUAUUUUCAACAUGACGACUGAACGGACGAGCCCUUACAGCACCACGGAAGACUACGAAAAUACCGAGACGUCUAUCCUGUCGUUUACUGCAAAAGGCUGUGCCCGUACAAAGGAUCCAGAGGACGGAUCCCUGACGAGGGAAUGCAAACACAGCUACGACAACAUGCCGGGUCUUUUUCCAGAGUUCGACAUCGUGGCAGCGAACUGCAGCUUACACCCCUGCCUUCGCCGCUACAAUGCCAACGUGGUGAAUGGUGUACUGGACGAGAAGCUUGUCUCUACCGCGCCGGUCGGUGCAGCCAAUAUCUCAUACGUCCAAGCAAACAUAGCGGACGAUGUCAGAAAUACCUAUGUAUUUCGUAACUUCUCCUACGUCGCUUUGAGCGAGCCUUGCAUUAUCAAAGACGCAUGGUACGACUCGUCCAACAUCAGCCAAGCACCGCGAGACGGCGUGGACUGGACGUCAUGGGGCACAGGAGAUACUCUCCAUGAAGCGCCAUCCGAGUGUCUGGUACUCAUGGAUCCCACCGAGUUCCUUGGUAUCAGGCGAUUCUUUCUGCAGACGCUCAAAGGAUCAUGCGCCAAGACAACUUCCGGUUCCAACAGACCGACUUCGAGCCUUGAAAACGGCAGGAUCAAUUGUGAAGGGGGCUUCUGGGUCGACGCAUUCUUCAACAGCGGGAACGCCACAUUCGACGAUAUCUCCACCGCCUUCGACAAUAUGGCGACGGCGCUGACGAACCGCAUGCGCGCGAAAGGGCGUGAGUUCCUCACAGAAGCGCGGAGCUUCACGAAUGGGACUGCUGUAGAAAUGUCCAUCUGCAUGCGCGUUGACUGGCCAUGGCUGGUGUAUCCGGGUGUCCUGCUAGUUCUGACAUCGGUUCUCCUUGCGACGACAUACGCACAGAGCUGUCGGGACAGGGGAAGACAUCCGAUUUGGAAAUCAUCGAUACUGCCUUUGCUGUUUUAUGGGCCAGAUACGCAGCAAACCUACCUGGAUAAGCAGCAAGAUGGCUCCGAUGGGAGACAGUCCUUGCCUCUUAUGCAACUGGCUGAGCUCGAGGCAAUAGCUGAUGCGACUAAGGCGAGGUUUUGCAGCGGUCGGGAUGUAGCUGGCUUCAUUGUAGACAAAAACGCCCUCUGA